AAUUCAGCACUAAAACCAGUGUGAGAAGCAGUAUGUGUGAGCGUGUGUGUGUGUGUAUGUGUGUGUCGGGGGGGUGUGAAAUGUGUUUUUCAAAGUACUGAGAGGUUGGUUGAUGGGACUGUUUGAUUAGCUCCUCUGAGAAGAAGAGAAAAGAUUUUUGGACCUCUCCCUGUUUCUUCCUUAGAAUAAUUUGGAUGGGAUUUGUGAUGCAGAAAAGCCUAAGGGAAAAAGAAUAUUCAUUCUGUGUGGUGAAAAAUUUUUGAGAAAAAAAUCGCUUUCUUCAAACAAGGGUGUCAUUCUGAUAUUUAUGAGGACUGUUGUUCUCACUAUGAAGGCAUCUGUUAUUGAAAUGUUCCUUGUUUUGCUGGUGACUGGAGUACAUUCAAACAAAGAAACGUCAAAGAAGAUUAAAAGGCCCAAGUUCACUGUGCCUCAGAUCAACUGCGAUGUCAAAGCUGGAAAGAUCAUCAAUCCUGAGUUCAUUGUGAAAUGUCCAGCAGGAUGCCAAGACCCCAAAUUCCAUGUUUAUGGCACUGACGUGUAUGCAUCCUACUCCAGUGUGUGUGGUGCUGCUGUCCACAGUGGUGUACUUGAUAACUCAGGAGGGAAAAUACUUGUUCGGAAGGUUGCUGGACUGUCUGGUUACAAAGGGAGUUACUCCAACGGUGUCCAAUCGUUAUCUCUACCACGAUGGAGAGAAUCCUUUAUCGUCUUAGAAAGCAAACCCAAAAAGGGUGUAACCUACCCAUCAGCUCUUACAUACUCAUCAUCCAAAAGUCCAGCUGCCCAAGCAGGUGAGACCACAAAAGCCUAUCAGAGGCCACCCAUUCCAGUGACAACUGCACAGCCGGUCACUCUGAUGCAGCUUCUGGCUGUCACUGUAGCUGUGGCCACCCCCACCAUCUUGCCAAGGCCAUCCCCUUCUGCUGCUUCUACCACCAGCAUCCGCAGACCAGAGCCUGUGGGCCACAGGAGCCAGGAGACGGAUCUCUGGUCCACUACCACCUACACAAGCAGCCAAAACAGGCCUGGAGCCGAUCCAGGUAUCCAAAGGCAAGAUCCUUCAGGAGCUGCCUUCGAGAAACCUGUUAGAGCGGAUGUCAGCCUGGGAGAGAUGGACUCAUGGAAACCUGGAUCAGUCCUUUUAGAUGAAGGACGUGUUCCAAAAGAAGAAUUGAGCACACAGUCUUUGGAGCCAGUAUCCCUGGGAGAUCCAAACUGCAAAAUUGACUUGUCGUUUUUAAUUGAUGGGAGCACCAGCAUUGGCAAACGGCGAUUCCGAAUCCAGAAGCAGCUCCUGGCUGGUGUUGCCCAAGCUCUUGACAUUGGCCCUGCUGGUCCACUGAUGGGUGUUGUCCAGUAUGGAGACAACCCUGCUACCCACUUUAACCUCAAGACACACAUGAAUUCUCGAGACCUGAAGACAGCCAUAGAGAAAAUCACCCAGAGAGGAGGACUUUCCAAUGUAGGCCGGGCUAUCUCCUUUGUGACCAAGAACUUCUUUUCCAAAGCCAAUGGAAACAGAAGCAGCGCUCCUAACGUGGUGGUGGUGAUGGUGGAUGGCUGGCCCACGGACAAAGUGGAGGAGGCUUCGAGACUUGCGAGAGAGUCAGGAAUCAACAUUUUCUUCAUCACCAUUGAAGGUGCUGCUGAAAAUGAGAAGCAGUACGUGGUGGAGCCCAACUUUGCAAACAAGGCCGUGUGCAGAACAAACGGAUUCUACUCGUUUCACGUGCAGAGCUGGUUUGGCCUCCACAAGACCCUGCAGCCUCUGGUGAAGCGGGUCUGCGACACCGACCGCCUGGCCUGCAGCAAGACCUGCUUGAACUCUGCCGACAUUGGCUUCGUCAUCGACGGCUCCAGCAGCGUGGGGACGGGCAACUUCCGCACUGUUCUCCAGUUUGUGACCAACCUCACCAAAGAGUUUGAGAUUUCCGACACAGACACGCGCGUCGGGGCCGUGCAGUACACCUACGAACAGCGGCUGGAGUUUGGGUUCGACCAGUACAGCAGCAAGCCCGACAUCCUCAACGCCAUCAAGAGGGUGGGCUACUGGAGUGGUGGCACCAGCACGGGAGCUGCCAUCAACUUCGCCCUGGAGCAGCUCUUCAAGAAGUCCAAGCCCAACAAGAGGAAGUUAAUGAUCCUCAUCACUGACGGGAGGUCCUACGACGACGUCCGGAUCCCAGCCAUGGCUGCCCAUCUGAAGGGAGUGAUCACCUAUGCGAUAGGCGUUGCCUGGGCUGCCCAGGAGGAGCUGGAAGUCAUUGCCACUCACCCCGCCAGGGACCACUCCUUCUUUGUGGACGAGUUUGACAACCUCUACCAGUAUGUCCCCAGGAUCAUCCAGAACAUUUGUACAGAGUUCAACUCACAGCCUCGGAACUGAAUCCAGAGCGGGCAGAGCACCAGCAAGUGCUGCUUUACUGACUGACGCUUUGGACAACCCCAGCGCUUGAUGGGGCACGCACGGGGCAUCAAGGCUUGGGCAGGGCGUGGGGAGACAGAUGUCUUGUUGUUAUUCUUUGCCAUCGUGCUUUUUCAUACUCCAAAACUUGGAGUUAGAAAGAUGAUCACAAUUGUAUAGAAAGAGCCAAAAGGCUACAUCAUGUUGAGGGUCCUGGAGAUUUUACAUUAUGACAAUUGUUUUCAAAAUAAAUGUUCAGAACACAGUGCAGCCCUUACGACAGACUUACAUAGAGCUCUUCUGAGAUUUUUAAGUUGCUUCUCAUGAGAACUCUGUAACCCUCAGCAAGUUUCAUUUUUCUCAUGACAAUGUAGGAAUUGCUUAAUUAAAUGUUUAGAAGGAUUACAUGCAA